CAGCCCUAGAAGUGCCCCCGUAUCGGCGGGAAGCGGGCCACUCCCAUGGCGGCUCUAUUGGUCCCGCCCUUUAACGGCAAUCCCAUUCCCCGUGCUCUCAGUCGUCUCGUCCACUCUCUGUCGUCAUCCUCUGCGAGCGUCCACCUAGGAGGAGGAAGAACACGAAGAGGAAGAGAAACAAGAAGGCCUCAAACCGCCGCAAUGAGCUCCCAACGGAUGUUCCAAUUGAGGAUCGAUCCCGCCACCGGGAACUCGGAGUGGGUCAUCGUCGACGAGGCCGUGGACGACGAACCUCCGAGAGACCUCCUCUCCUCGACUUCAUACCUCGACAUGCUCAACGAUUCUGAGAGGAAUAGGGUUUACCAUGAAGCUAUUAAAAAGGUCAUAAAGAAGCCUUGCCAUGUAUUAGAUAUUGGUGCAGGUACCGGCUUACUGUCAAUGAUGGCUGCCCAAGCAAUAGACGGGUGUGAUAGAAUGGAAAGGAAUGGUGGAAAAGGGAUGGUAUCAGCCUGCGAGUCUUAUCUUCCCAUGGGAAAAUUGAUGCGUAAGAUUUUGCGCCUCAAUGGUAUGAAUGAUAAAGUACAUCUGUUUCACAAACGUUCUGAUGAGCUCCAAGUUGGAGUGGACCUUCCAUGCCGGGCAGAUGUUUUGAUAAGUGAGAUACUUGACUCAGAAUUACUGGGGGAGGGGUUGCUGCCAACUCUUCAGAAUGCACAUGAUGUGUUGCUGAAUGAGAAUUGUCAAACUGUCCCCUAUCGGGCUACCACAUAUGGUCAGCUUGUUGAAUCUACAUUUCUGUGGAAGAUUCAUGAUUUAUCUGGAAAUGAAGCCCAAGUUUCUGAUGGCAUACAUCUUGUGCCCUCUGGUUCAGAGACAGUCAUCCGAGUUGAGCAGAAACAGCAGCCUAUGCACUGUGAUCCAUUGUCAGGGGAGAUAAAAUUGUUGUCGGAGCCAUUUAAAAUUUUUGACUUUGAUUUUUGGAGGAGGCCAGAAAGCCAUCGAAGUAUCCAGAUUCCAAUUACAGCAAAGGAUUCCGGCUGUAUUCAUGCUGUUAUUUCAUGGUGGGUUCUUCAGCUUGACAAAGAAGGAACCCUUCUCUAUUCAACAGCUCCGCGGUGGAUAAACUCAGGCACUUCGAACUGGUGUGAUCAUUGGAAGCAGUGUAUUUGGUUCACUUCUGGCUCGGGGAUAUAUGUAUCCCAAAAUGAGCAGAUCCUUCUUGAAUCUGUCCAUGAUGAUAUCAGAGUCUCCUAUAAUGUCAAAAAAUAUGAUGCACGUGGGGAAGAGUGGAUUUGUCAUGGUAGUCAAGACAAGUGUCCCCAUCUUGAGCUGCCACCAGAACGAGUGGCAAUUUAUGGAGAUAAAGACUGGAGGUUUGCCAUGUCUUCAGCUGUACAGAAUGCUUUGCAGGGAAGGACUUCUCCAUUAUGUGUGGUUGCAGAUGAUAGUAUCUUCCUGACGGUAGCUCUGGCACAUUUAUCAGCAAGUUCACAUAUCAUCUCUAUGCUUCCAAGGUUACGUAAAAGUGGCUACAUGUACCUGAAGACUGUGGCUAACUCCAAUGGUUUUUCAAUGGAUCAUGUGAAGGUUCUCGGUAAAAGUUCAGCAGGCUUGACCAUGGAAGAUACUAAUCAUAAAAAGGUAGACCUUUUUCUGUCUGAACCGUUUUACAGUGGGAAAGAGGGAAUGCUUCCGUGGCAACAACUGCAGUUUUGGAAGGAAAGGACAGCAUUGGGUCCAAUGCUAGCCAAAGAUGCAACAGUUAUGCCCUUCAAAGGAAUUCUAAGAUGCUGUGCCAUGUCCACUCCAGUAUGUUUCUCCACACACUUAAUUUUUCUGAAAAUGAUCUUGCUCGACUCUUCAGAAUGUAACUUGUUCGUGCAGGAUUUAUGGCAAAGUCGUCGCAUGCUUAAAAGAGUUGAAGGAUUCGACCAUUCGCCUGUAAAUGAGAUUCUAGGGGCAUGUGGUGACUUACCUGAGUUUCAUGAAGGUCCUUUUCUGUCUUAUCCUAUUUGGCAAUGUGGAGAAAUAAAGGAACUCAGCGAGGCUGUCACCAUCAUGGAGUUCAAUUUAUCUGAGCCAAUGAGUAUGUGUUCUGGAAAAUGCAAGGUUACGUUCAUUGAAUCUGGCAUCUGCCAUGGAUUUGCACUUUGGAUUGACUGGGUGAUGGAUGAAAGCAACGAGGUUGUUAUCUCUACAGGGCCAGCAAAGAGGUAUUGGAAACAAGGGGUAAAACUGUUGAAUAGGCCUGUUGCAGUCAUGACAAAUGGCAGAGACAGCUCGGAUGGAUGCAUAUGGGCUGAAGUGAAGUGUACCUUUGACCCAUCUAACCUGGAGUUACAGAUGAAGCAUUCAUUCUUAUCAUUUUGAUAUCAUCCCUGCAAGAAUAUCUGCUGCUCCUCUUUCAACCGAAUUCUCAGGUGAACAAAUUGUUUCCCUGCCCCAGGAGGUGGGAACUCAUAGAGGUGGACCUUCAAUUGCCCACCUAGAGAUCGUGGUCUGCCCACUUCUCCAUCUCUCUGGUCGAAUUGCUUCUUAUUCCUGCUUAUAUUAUUAGUCCUUCCAUUGCCUGUAUGAUUCCUAUUGCGGCAAAUGAACAACAGAUGAAGUGGUUCUAUGCUUAUCCCCAAAUUGCAGGUGAACUAGCGGCACACCUUUUUGUUGAUAAGGUUUGUCUAUGUUGAACGAGUAUGAAAAGUUCUUCAGCAACUUUGUCGAAACCGUUGUCAUACUUGAGCAAGAAGGUUUUCAACGUCUCCGCUUUGAUAGGGAGACUCCCACAACUACCAGUUUUUACAGUACGUAGAGAGCUGAGAACCUGAAUGCGUCCGACCGUAUUGUAAUUUGUGGGAGAAAUUACAUCUUCUAGGAACAGAGAAACUCAGACCUGCACACUCUUGGGGGGAGCGGGAAAUGUCUUCUGUGUAUCUGCUUGACCCUACGUUGUACGCCCAUAGUUUCAUCUUUUGCAAACAGCGAGACUCCUAGGAACUGAACCAUGACCCACCACAUGUAUACCAGAUCCAGCACCCUUUCAGGUCUGCCCGUAUAGACUGUAUCCUGGACAGUGACCUUCACGGACAUUGAUGUGCACUAUGCACUUGUUUUUUAAUAGUUUCAUUCAGUCUGACAUUUUAAGUUGGAUGUGAGCUGCUUGAUAUGGUUGUAUUUAUUUUUGGCCAA